CGUAGCAUUCAAACUAGGUGUACGGCAUGGACAUAUAAAGGGAGCAUUAGUUACUGUAGAGGAAAGAUUGGAGAAGAUAUGGAUUUAGGAGGUGAACCUUUGCCAAUGGAGACAGAAGAAACAGGGGAUUUUCAUUUUAUUCUUAUUGAAAAUAUGGAAAAGGAUUUAUCCCCCUUUGCAGUUGUGGAUUUUAUUUAUAGACAUACUUCUGUAUUGACUCAUGCUUAUGUGUUUCCAAGCUUGUCACCGGAAACAUUUACAAGAGGAGCCAUUGUUGCAGAUAGCAGAGAGAAACUUGAAAAGAUCAAUGAAUUUCUGCAUGAUCCCGCUCACAUCGUCAUGUCAUCAAGGGGAAGACCAUGGGUGAUGGCUGAGAAGAUAUUGAGACACGGAGCAUUUCAAACAUCAUUUGGGGGUAUAAUGUUGAAAUCUGAGGAUGAACAAAGGGAUAGAAAUGCUGAAUUUGAUGAUAUAAAGUUAAUCUUAUGUGGAACCAAAGAGUUCAAGAAAGCCGAGCAAUUAAAGCAGUCAUUUACGGCUUUUGUGGAUCAUCUAAGCGGCCUUUACCGCAGAUUAGAAUCAGAUGAGAGGAUGAUCUUGCAGUCAAUCCCUUAAAUCAGGAGGCUUGCUGCGGUAUGACUUGGAUGAAAUUC